AUGGAGGGACAUCCCCAGCCUAUUUUCAAAAGGCGCAGUCGUCCUCAACCUCGUCCACGACAGAAAUCAGAGGAGGAAAAGUAUGACAGUGUUUUGGACGAAGAAGUGCAAGGUGGCAACAAGGAUCUAGAUGUAGCUGAACUGAUAGAGCUGCGAAAGCUCAGGCGAGCUAGAGAGGGGAUAGAUAUUCAAAAGCUUGUGAAGGGCGACGCAAAGAAACGAAGAAAGCGGCCACGAGAAGGCGAAGAAGAGCGAGGUGGUUUGAGGAAAGGCGCGAGUAGAGACAAUGAUGAUGAUGAGGAUGAGGACGCGGAGACAAAGGCGAGAAAGGUGGUCAGAGCCAACAACUUCACACAGCAGACGAAUGUGCUCGAUGUGGACAAACAUAUGAUGGCUUACAUUGAGGAGAAUAUGAAACUUCGGCGAGGAAAUCAGAACGAGCCGAUGAGCGACGACGGUCCGCUUGACCCAUACGCUGAGCUGUUCAGUAUACCAGACAAGUACAGGCUCACACAGGAGCAGGAGCAGGAUGAGGGUAAUGUCACGAACAGUCUGGCUAUGCUGACUGCGAUACCCGAGGUGGACCUCGGAAUGGACACGCGAUUGAAGAAUAUUGAAGAGACGGAAAAGGCAAAGCGAAUGAUUACAGAAGAGCGGAAAGAGAGAAAGAAGAAGGUGGACGACGAGGAACAUCUUGCUGCAGCCCGCUUCUAUCGGCCCAACCUCAAGAUGAAGUCCGAUGCCGACAUCAUUCGCGAUGCAAAGCUUGAGGCUAUGGGAUUGCUGCCAGAAGAUCAUGAGUACCGUAGGCCUCAACAUGAAAGAAUGCAGAUGGCAACAGACGAACUCGUCAUGGAACGCUUUAAGAAGCGAAUGCGGAAGUAA